AUGGCCGAGGGCCGGAGCGUCCCGAGACGCACGGGAGGUUUCAAGAUUUCCUCCAGUCUUUAUAAACAGCAUAGGAAAGUAAUCUCAAACUCAGAAAAAAAAGGAUUUAAUUCUCAAUUAAAGAGAUUUCAGUAUAACCAAAACAAAAUCCCAGGCCCAGGAUUCUAUAGUGUCACUCAUCAGUCUGCAGAGAUCAACAGCACCUCAUUGUCAAAGAAAGGAACUGGAUCCUUCCCUUUACUGAAAAUCUCCAACUCUCCAGCUGCAAAUGCCUACAAGACCUUAUCCUGUUUUCAGUCCAAGCAAGGCUUUAGCAAGGGAAACUCUAGCAUGUUUCAACAACCCAUUGCCAGGAAGAUUGAGAAAAUUCCCACUCCAGUACCCAAUCAAUACAAUACCUGGAUGGAUUUCUGCAAGCAAAGCAACAAUGUUUCUGGCCAGACAGUGUUUGUGUCCAAAACCACAAGAGGAUUAACUUUGGAAAAAACUUGGAAAAUGGCCUCUCCAUGUCACUACAACAUCAACAAUUCCCUCAUCAAGGUGUCUCCCAAGGGUAUGACAUCUUGCUUCGAGUCAAAGACCUCCCGCGUAACAAGGCUGGACAGAUUUACUCCAACCUAUCAGCCACAUAAACCUACCAAGGAAGCAAAGAAAACUCCUUUCAGGCAGAAAUUCUGCUUGACUCUCUCCGCUCCAGCCAUCCCCUGUAAAGACCCUCCUUCGCCUGGGCCUGGGCAGUACAACCUUGUGGAUUACAAAGGGUCUCCGAAGCAGGACUGCUGA